AUGAACAACAACGGUAGUGGCGCUCAAGGCCCCGGAGGGGCACCUCCAGCGGCUGCCGCUGGCGUCACCGUCUCCGCUGAGAUCCUCCUUUUUAUCAUGGGUAUCAACGGGCGACUGGACUCCAUCGCGGAGCAACUUGCCGCACAGAGCGCCGAGAUCGCCGGCCAGUCGCGCGACAUUGCCGCGCAGAGCGACGCCGUUGCGAGCACGCCCGGGAUCCUGCAGGAGCUGCAGAAGCACGUCGACAAUCUGGGUCACACGGUCCGGAUGGAGUCGCGCGCUCUGCACGUCAUCGUCGACACCGGCUUCACGAACACCAUUGAGACCCUCCGCUGUGCGUCUGCUCUGUUUGCCGCGUUAUAG